AUGACUGCGGACACUGAGAUAGAGCUAAAGGAGGCGUUUCAGCGAGCUCAAAAGGGACACAACAACAAGGCGAAGCUGGUGGCUAGCCUGAAGAGCCGCUACAACAAGCUGGAGGACAAGACGCUGUUCCAUGAGGAGUUUGUCCAUUACCUAAAGUAUGUCAUGAUAGUGUACAAACGGGAGCCUGCUGUUGAAAAUGUGAUCGAGUUUGUGGCCAAGUUUGCCACAAGUUUCCAGCCUCCACCCAAUGCAGAAGAUGAGCAGCAACAAGAAGAAGAAGAGGAAGAAGAUGAGGACGAUCAUCCAUUCCUCAGUUUCAUCUUCAACUUUCUCUUAGAGUCUCACAAAGCCAACAAUCACGCGGUGCGUUUCAGGGCGUGCCAGUUGGUCAACAAGCUGCUCGGCAGCAUGGCAGAAAAUGCCCAGAUCGACGACGAUCUUUUUGAUCGCAUCCACCAAGCCAUGUUGGUCCGUGUCACAGACAAGUUCCCCAAUGUGAGGAUCCAGGCUGCUUUAGCUAUGACCCGCCUUCAGCAGCCAAGAGAUCCUGACUGUCCCACCAUCAAUGCUUAUAUGUUAAUUCUGGAAAACGAUAGUAACGCAGAGGUGCGACGCGCCGUUCUUUCCUGCAUUGCAAUGUCUCCGCGGACCCUGCCUAAAGUUCUCAAACGCACUCGAGACAUUAAAGAGAAUGUCCGCAAGCUAGCCUAUCAGGUUCUUGCUGACAAGGUCCACAUUAAAGCUCUCACCAUCGCACAGAGAGUUCUUCUCCUGCAGCAAGGUCUCCACGACACCUCAGAGUCGGUCAGAGAAGUAGUUUGCAAUCGGCUGCUGCCGGCCUGGCUUCUUCGCCUGGAUGGAAACAUGAUCGAACUGCUCCAUCGUCUGGAUGUGGAAAACUGUGCAGAGACAGCUAUGGAAACCCUGAAGGCCAUUUUUAAAAACAAGCCAAUGGAGGAGCUGCUACAGAACAAGGGACAGCUUGACAACAGGAAGGUGAUCCCUCUGGACUCUAUAACUUGUGAAACGAUGCUGUACUGGAGAGCUCUGUGUGAGUUUCUGAAGGGCAAAGGAGAUGAAGGGGAGGAGGCUCUUGAACAAGUGUUACCAGAUGCUGCGACCUAUGCAGACUACCUCAGUGGUUACCUGAAGGAAGUGCCGGUGCUCACAGAGGAGCAGAGGGCCGACUUCAGCCAGCUGGAGCUCGUCAUGACCAAAGAGUUCAUCUCCCAGCAGCUCAUCCAUCUCAUUGGGUGUCUUGAUACCAACGAGGAGGGCGGCAGGAAGCGCGUGCUGGCUGUUCUGCAGGGGAUGCUGGCUCUCCCACAGACCCCCUCCUCCCUGGUGUCUCUCCUCACUGAGAAACUCCUCGCUCUCAUCCCAGACGACCAAAGACGCAUCCAGGCUGUGGCAGAGAUCAUUUCAGAUGUGAGAGAGCCCAUCAUGGAGGCCAGUCAGCCGGUGGAUGAGAAGAAGAGCCGUCGGCAGCAGGUCAAGCUUGCAGAGGUAAAGGUUUGCAUCAUGGAGGCCAAACAGGCUCUAGAGGAUUGCAUCGCUGCCCAGGACUUCAGCCGAGCAGCAGAGCUGAAGGAUUCCAUCGUGGCUCUAGAGGAACAAAGAAACCAGGUCCUUGAAGAGAUCUCAGAAAGCAACCAGCCGGUCGACAAAGAAGUUCACGCUGAGAAGAAUGACCCAGAGACUCUCCUGAGGUGUCUGACAAUGUGUGCUGAGCUUCUGAAGCAGAUGAACAUGAAAACCCGAACUGGUCCAACUAUCAGCGCCCUGAUGUCCUCACUGAUCCUCCCUUCAAUAGCCAGCGCUCACCCUGCUGUUCGAAACAUGGCCGUGGUGUGUCUGGGAACCUGCACGCUGCACAGCAGGGAGCUGGCCAAAACCCACAUGGUGCUCCUGCUACAGAUCGCCCAGCUGGAUGAGGUGAAGAUCCGCAUCAGUGCUCUGCGAGCAAUAAUUGAUCUGCUGCUGCUGUUCGGUUUCCAGCUGCUCUCCGAAACGGCUUCCACUCAGACCGUCCAACCCGCCCAGUCGCCUGACAAGCUGGAGGGUGACGCGGCGACGGCUGAAGACAGGGCAGACAUUCCAGAAGACACCGCUCAGAGCAUACUGGUGAUGCUUUCAGAGUUCCUGGACAGUGAGGUGUCUGACCUGCGGACAGAGACGGCCGAGGGUCUGGCUAAACUGAUGUACACCGGCCGGAUCUCCAGCGCAAAGUUGCUUUCACGCCUGGUGCUGCUGUGGUACAAUCCUGUUACUGAGGAUGACGUUCGCUUACGUCACUGCCUUGGGGUUUUCUUCCAGCUCUACGCCCGCGAGAGCAGAGCCCACCAAGAAAUUGUGGAGGAGAGUUUCCUGCCAACAGUUAGAACUCUGCUGAAUGCCCCGGUGACUUCUCCACUCGCUGAGGUGGAUGUUAGCAAUGUGGUCGAGCUCCUGGUUGAGCUGACCCGUCCCAGCGCCCUCAUUAAACCGUCAGACAACACAGAGGAGGUGUGCGUCCAUGACUACCUGGCAGUGCGUAUGUGUGGGGAGAUGCUCAAAGAUCCUACGGCCCCUGAAGUGCGCCUCUUUGCUAAAACUCUGAGCAACCUGGAGCUCAGUAGGGGGGAGACGGUGAGGGAGGACCUGACGACACUGCUGCAGAAGCUUGUACAGGUAGUAAAGGAUCGGGUUUGCCUCCGUGCUCUGGAGAAGAUGUUGCAUCAGCUAGUGGACUCUAAAGAGCAGGCGGAGGUCCCCGAUACCAGUGCCCUCCAACCACUAGACGUCAAUGCAGAUGAGGCUGCAACAGAAGAUCCAUCAAAAUCUGUAAAGAGACCUAAGAGAGGUCAAAGGAAAGCCUCCAGUGCCAAAGGGGGCAGAAGGCCAAGCAGAAGGGCCGAGUCAUCAGAAGAGAGUGAUGGAGAAAACGUCCCUGAGUCUGUUCCUGUGGUACGUCCAUCACGGAGGGCAAAGACUGCAGCUCUGGAGAAAACCAAACUGGACUUGAACCCUCUCAUCAACCAGGAGGCCAAUGUGUCAUAAAAGUCCUGUCUUAAAUAUCACUUAAAUACUUUGCUUGUUAUCUCCUAGAAGGGCCAUUAAAUUUACCAUACAGGGGGAAUAAUUCAUUUUUCUGUCUUAGUAAAUAUAACUAAUCUCUUAACAUUUAUAACCAAUAUCUCCAUCUUCUGUUUAACCUUGCACUCAACUUGGUUAUCUUUUAUAAUGUGUUAUAUAUGAUGCAUUUUAACCCUUUUAGUAUGGUUUUAAUCAUUAAAAUAAAAUUUGACA